AUGUUCCGCGUGCAGACGGCCGAGGCCAAGGAGCUGCUCGCGGCCAAGGCCGACGCGCUCAACCUGUCCAUCACGGAGAGCGUCGCCGCGGACAACCGGGAGCACAUGCAGGACGUCUGCCGCAAGUACCAGAACAUCGCGGACCAGUUGGUCGACGAGCCGACGACGUCCGCGGAGCUGCGGACGCUCAAGGAGUUCAGCGAGCAGGCCAUCGACAUGCUCAAGGGCCUCGAGCACGAGUACAAGGAGGAGAUCCUCCAGCGCGAGAAGUUUCUCCUCGCGCGGGGCUACCGGUCGUCCAAGGAGGACCUCGCGGCGAUCUGCACGACGUUCAACUGGCCCAAGUCCAUGGAGGCCUACCUCAACCGGAGCGACGAGCUCCAGGAGAACCGGAAGAAGCACCUCAAGAUGGUCGUCGAGGGCCAGCGCGAGCAGCUCGGCCGCGAGGUCGCGUCGCUGGAGAAGAAGGUCGAGAAGCUCGCGGAGACGGGCUCGCUCGCGCCGAACGAGGUCCAGAUGGUCACGCGGCGCGUCCAGGCCAUCCGCGAGGGUUUGGACAACGCCCAGAAGGAGUCGGAGAUCGUCGUCGCCCAGGAGGACCUGCUCGAGCUGCAGCCCACGGACCACGAGGCGCGCCUCGCCGUCGUCGCCAAGGAGCUGAGCCCGCUCGACAAGCUCUGGACCAUCGCGCGCGAGUGGGUCGAGCGGUCCCACGCCUGGCACGAGCUGCCGCUCACGGAGGUCGACGCCGAGGACGCCGCGGCGCGCGCCGCGGAGUACGGCACGACGCUGAACCGCGUCGUGAAAUUGCUCGAGAAGAAGGGGCCGUCGCGCGACCCCGCGCGCCGCGCGUGCAAGCUCCUCAUCCAGGAGGCCGCGGCCUUCGAGCAGGACGAGAUCCCGCUCAUGCGCCUCGUCUGCGAGCCGGGCAUGCAGCAGCGCCACUGGGACGAGAUCAAGCGCACGACGCGGCUCAACUUCGACGUGUCGCCCGCGACGAACGUGCUCCAGCUCAUGGACGUGGGGUUGAACCACUACGUGCACCUCAUCGAGGACACGUGCGUCGCCGCGUCCAAGGAGGCGGCGCUGGACAAGGCCCUCGUGAAGAUGGAGGCGGCCUGGGGCUCCGCGAUCUUCGCGACGAAGGAGUGGCGCACGGGGCGGAUCCUGGCGGGCAUCGACGAGAUCCAGCAGGAGCUCGACGACCAGAUCGUCAAGACCCAGGCCAUGCACGGGUCGCGCUACGUCAAGCCCUUCCUGGGGCGCGUCGAGGCCUGGGAGCACACGCUGACGUCGCUCCAGGACAUCAUCGACAACUGGCUCAAGGUCCAGGCCGCGUGGCUCUACCUCGAGCCCAUCUUCUCCAGCGACGACAUCACGCGCCAGAUGCCGACGGAGGCGAGCUUGUUUACCACCGUGAACCAGGUCUGGAUCGACUCCAUGGCCGAGACGGCCGCGGACCCCGCGGUGCUGUCCGUCGCGACGCGGCCGGGGCUGCUGGACGCGCUCGUCGACGCGAACGAGAAGCUCGAGACGAUCCAGAAGGGGUUGAACGACUACUUGGAAACAAAACGCCUCGCGUUCCCGCGCUUCUUCUUCCUCUCCAACGACGAGCUCCUCGAGAUCCUCGCGGAGACGAAGGACCCGACGCGCGUGCAGCCGCACCUGAAGAAAUGCUUCGACGGCGUCGCGAAUCUGGAAUUUACGAAGAACCUCGACAUCAUGGCCUGCCUCGACGCCCCGGCCCCCAAGGGCGAGCGUUUGGAAUUUGCCUACGACGCCUGCAACCACAAGAUGAUCAACCCCAAGGACUCGGGGGGCAACGUCGAGAAGUGGCUCGUCGAAGUGGAAGCGAUCAUGAAGAAGUCGCUGGCCAACGCCAUCGACGAGGCCGUCGUCGACUUCGAGAAGAACGACCGCAAGUCCUGGCUCGCGGCCUGGCAGGGCCAGGUCGUCCUCACGGUGAACCAGAUCACCUGGGGCCAGCUCACCGAGGCCGCGAUCAACCGGGGCAAGCACGCGCUCGCGGAGCUCCACGGCAAGCGCGUCGACGAGCUCAUGGACGUCGUCGAGCAGGUCCGGGGCAACAUCCCCAAGGCGCUGCGGUCGACGCUCGGGGCCCUCGUCGUCAUGGACGUGCACAACCGCGACAUCACGGACGAGCUCGCCAAGUCGACGAUCUCCUCGCCGCUCGACUUCGACUGGCAGGCCCAGCUGCGCUACUACUGGGAGGAGGGCGGCGCGUCGGCCCAGUCCGGCACGCCGGGCACGAUCCCCUGCCGCAUGAUCAACGCCAUGAUCCUCUACGCGUACGAGUACAUCGGCAACUGCGGCCGCCUCGUCAUCACGCCGCUCACGGACCGCUGCUACCGCACGCUCAUGGGCGCCAUCCACCUGAAUCUCGGCGGCGCGCCCGAGGGGCCCGCGGGCACGGGCAAGACGGAGACCACGAAGGACCUGGGCAAGGCCAUCGCGAUCCAGUGCGUCGUCACGAACUGCUCCGACGGCCUCGACUACAAGGCCAUGGGCAAGUUCUUCAAGGGGUUGGCCGCGUCGGGCGCCUGGGCCUGCUUCGACGAGUUCAACCGCAUCCAGCUCGAGGUGCUCUCGGUCAUCGCGCAGCAGGUGCUCACGAUCCAGCAGGCCAAGGCCCGGAAGGCGGAGCGGUUCAUGUUCGAGGGCACGGACCUGCCGCUGAAGCCGACGUGCUGCCCCUUCAUCACGAUGAACCCGGGCUACGCCGGCCGCGCGGAGCUGCCGGACAACCUGAAGGUGCUGUUCCGCACGGUCGCGAUGAUGGUGCCCGACUACGGCAUGAUCGGCGAGAUUUUGCUGUAUUCCAUGGGCUACACGGACGCCAAGGCCAUGGCCAUCAAGAUCGUCACGACCUACAAGCUCUGCAGCGAGCAGCUGAGCGCCCAGUCCCACUACGACUACGGCAUGCGCGCGGUCAUGGCCGUGCUCCGCGCCGCGGGCAACCUGAAGCGCGCCGAGGGCCACCUCCCGGAGGACGUGCUCGUGCUGCGGUCCAUCAUCGACGUCAACCUGCCCAAGUUCCUCUCGCCGGACGUGCCCCUCUUCGGCGGCAUCACGUCGGACCUCUUCCCGGGCGUCGAGCUGCCCGUGCCGGACCGCGACGCGAUGGAGCUCGCGUUCAAGGAGUCGUGCGCUUCCCGAAAUUUACAGCCGACCAAGUACUUCUGGGAGAAGGUCGUCCAGAUCUACGACAUGAUGGUCGUGCGCCACGGCUUCAUGAUCGUCGGCAUGCCCUUCUCGGGGAAGACGUCGGCCUGGAAGGUCCUCGCGGACACGCUCGGGUCGCUCCACGACCGAUACCCCGACGACGCGCGCUGGACGCAGGUCGUGCCCUUCCUCAUGAACCCCAAGUCCAUCACCAUGGGCCAGCUCUACGGCCAGUUUGACGACGUGAGCCACGAGUGGACCGACGGCGUGCUCGCGAUCAACUACCGCAACGCGGCCACGUCGAAGGUCGGCAACGCGGAGGACCGCAAGUGGGUGCUCUUGGACGGCCCCGUGGACGCGAUCUGGAUCGAGAACAUGAACACGGUGCUCGACGACAACAAGAAGCUCUGCCUGAUGUCCGGCGAGAUCAUCGCGAUGUCGGAUGUCAUGUCCAUGAUCUUCGAACCCAUGGAUCUGCUUGUCGCGUCGCCCGCGACCGUCUCCCGGUGCGGCAUGGUCUACAUGGAGCCGGAGCAGCUCGGGCUCCGGCCCCUCUUCGACUCCUGGCUCGACGCGCCGGCCGCGCCCUUCGAGCUCACGGACGCGGAGCGGGAGCUGCUCACGGGUUUGUACCUCUGGCUCGUGGAGCCCGCGAUGGCCUUCCUGCGGCGCUCCUGCAAGGAGAUGUCGCCGACGGUCGACAGCGCCCUCCUGUCGUCGCUGCUGAACUUCCUCGAGUGCGUGCUGACGGCCGCGAUCCCGGGCAAGCACGACGUCGCGGACGACGCGUCGCAUUUGGAGGGCGGCAGCCGCAAAAAGCACGUCGAGUGCGCCUUCCUCUUCGCGCUCAUCUGGUCCAGCGGCGUCACGGCCGACAACGCGGGCCGGGCCAAGUACAGCGCCUUCGUCCGCGAGAUCAUGGAGAGCGUGGACGUGCUCGACGACGCGCGCUACCAGGGCGUGACGAAUGCGCUGGCCGUCCGCGGCUGGAAGCGCCCGAAGUUCGCCGAGGCCGAGGAGGGCGAGUUCGACGGCAAGGUCGAGUGUGGCCCGCCGGCCGACGGCGACCUGCAGGACUGGUGCUACGACCCGCGCGGCGGCAAGUGGGUCAACUGGGUCGACACGUUGGAAAAGUUCGAGAUCGCCGCGGACCAGGAGUUCUCGACGAUCAUGGUGCCGACGGCCUGCACGGCGCAGCUCUCCUACAUGGUGCAGACGCUGCUGACGCACGGCUUCCGGCCCCUGGUCUGCGGGCCCACGGGCACGGGCAAGUCCGUCUGCGUCACGAAGACGCUGACCGCGGAGCUCGACCAGGACAAGUUCAAGCCGCUCCAGCUCGGCUUCAGCGCCAAGACGACGGCGGAGAUGACCCAGGGCAUCAUCGACGGCCAGCUGGGGAAGCGGCGCAAGGGCGUCUUCGGCCCGCCCAUGGGCCAGACGGCGCUCGUGUUCGUCGACGACCUGAACAUGCCCGAGGUGGAGACGUACGGCGCGCAGCCGCCCAUCGAGCUGCUGCGGCAGCUCGUCGACUCGGGGGGCUACUACGACCUCAAGGAGAAGUCGUGGAACACGAUCGUCGACACGAUCGUCACCUGCGCGAUGGGCCCGCCGGGCGGCGGGCGCAACGGCACGACGCCGCGGUUCCUGCGCCACUUCCACCUCUUGUGCGUCGACGGCUUCGACGACACGACGCUCUCGCUCAUCUUCAACACCAUCGUGAACCACGCCUUCAAGCAGGACUACGCGUCGGACGUCGCGGGCUGCGCGGACCAGGUCGUCAAGGCGACGAUGGCGACGUACCGCGACGCGAUGCGGUGCCUGCUCCCGACGCCCUCCAAGUCGCACUACACCUUCAAUCUGCGCGACUUCAGCCGCGUGAUCCAGGGCGUGCUCAUGCAGAAGCCCUCCGACGAGUUCCAGGACCGCGCGGCGGUCAUGCGCUUGUGGACGCACGAGGCGCUCCGCGUCUUCGGCGAUCGCCUCACGGACGACCCGGACCGCACGUGGUUCGUGGGCCACGCGAAACAGGUCUGCGGCGACAUUUUCCGGGAGGAUUUCGAGGAAUCCUUCGGCGCUCUAAAGCCCGAGGACGCGAAAGAGGUGAACUACGCGACUUUGCGGCGCCUCUUCUUCGGCGAGUUCAUGACGCCCGCGGACGAGGACGAGCGGCCCUACGCGGAGAUCUCCGAUCUGAAGGCGCUCCAGGAGAAGACGGACGAGUAUCUGGCGUCCUUCAACUCGAAUUCCAAGAAGCCCAUGGAUCUGGUCAUGUUCAUGUUCGCCAUCGAGCACGUGUCGCGCAUCUCGCGGAUCCUGCGCAUGCCCGGGGGCAACGCGCUGCUCGUGGGCGUCGGCGGCAGCGGCCGCCAGUCGCUUUCGAUCCUGGCGACGGAGAUGGCGGGCUACGCCCUCUUCCGCAUCGAGAUCACCAAGUCCUACGGCAUGGUCGAGUGGCGCGAGGACCUGAAGACCGUAUUAAAGGAGGCGGGCAGCGGCGAGCGGCCCGUCGUCUUCCUGUUCUCGGACACGCAGAUCAACCGCGAGGCCUUCGUCGAGGACAUCAACAACAUGCUCAACAGCGGCGAGGUGCCCAACAUCUUCCCCAACGACGAGAAGGUCGCCAUCUGCGAGGCCGUGCGGCCCUACGCGAAGGAGCAGUUCGGCCGCGCGGCCGCGGACAUGACGCCGCUCCAGCUCUACGCCUACUUCAUCCAGCGCGUCAAGCAGUACCUCCACAUCGUCCUCGCCUUCAGCCCCAUCGGCUCGGCCUUCCGCGACCGGCUCCGCCUCUUCCCGUCGCUCGUGAACUGCUGCGCGAUCGACUGGUUCACGGCCUGGCCCGGCGACUCGCUGCUCGCCGUCGCGGAGAAGUUUUUAGCGGACGUGCAGCUCGACGCGUCCGUGCGGCCCCACAUCGUCGACAUGUGCAUGUACUUCCACCAGCAGUCGAACGCGCUCGCCGCGGAGUUUUUAGCGUCCACGGGCCGCAUCACCUACGUGACGCCGACGUCCUACCUCGAGCUCAUCGUCGCCUUCAAGGGCGCGCUGGGGCUCCAGCGCGACAAGGUCUCGGGCCAGCGGGACCGCUACAAGAACGGCCUGGGGCAGCUGGCGAACGCGGAGAAGAACGUCGCGACGAUGCAGCAGGAGCUCACGGACCUGCAGCCCGUGCUCAAGCAGUCCCAGAAGGACACGGACGCGCUCAUGGAGGAGAUCGAGGAGAAGCUGCCCGGCGUGCGGGAGCAGGAGGAGAAGGUCGGCGCGGAGGCCGCGGUCGCGCAGAAGGAGGCCGACGAGGUGCAGAUCCAGGUCGACUCGGUCCAGGCGGACCUCGACGAGGCGCUGCCCGCCCUCGAGAGCGCCAUCCAGGCCCUCAACACGAUCAAGCCCUCGGACAUCAACGAGGUCAAGGCCCUCGCGAAGCCGCCGGCGACCGUGAAGCUCGUGUGCGAGGCCGUCUGCGUCAUGCUCGCGGAGAAGCCCCAGCGCAUCCCGGACCCCGACGACCCGUCGAAGCGCAUCAUGGACUACUGGGGCCCCAGUCAGAAGAUGCUCGCGGACAAGGAGUUCAUCGCGCGGCUCAAGACCUACGACAAGGACAACAUCGCGCCGAAGAUCAUCAAGUCCAUCAAGGACAAGUACAUGGCCCAGGCCAACUUCACGCCCGAGGCCGCCGCCAAGGCGUCGUCGGCCGCCGCGGGUUUGUGCAAGUGGGUCUACGCCAUGGAGACCUACGACCGCGUCGCCAAGGUCGUCGCGCCGAAGAAGGAGUCGCUCGCGAAGGCGCAGGCGUCGCUCGCGGUGACCAUGGGCGAGCUCGACGAGAAGAAGGCGAGCCUCAAGAUCGUCCAGGACGACCUGCAGAAGCUCCAGGACAACCUCGAGGCCGCGGAGCGCAAGAAGGAGGACCUCGUGAACCAGGUCGACCUGUGCGGGAAGAAGCUCGUAAGAGCGAAGCAGCUCAUCGAGUCCCUCGGCGGCGAGAAGUCGAAAUGGGGCGUCUUCGUCGAGGAGCUCACGGAGGCCUACGAGAAGCUGACGGGCGACGUCCUCGUGAGCGCGGGCUUGAUGGCCUACCUGGGUCCGUUCACGUCGACGUACCGCAUGAAACAGAUGGCCGAGUGGGUCGCGACGUGCCAGGAGCUCAACAUCCCCUGCAGCGCCAAGCCGAGCCUCGCGCGGACUUUGGGCGACCCCGUGCUCAUCCGCCAGUGGAACAUCGAGGGGUUGCCCACGGACGACUUUUCCAUCGACAACGCGAUCAUCGUCUUCAACGCGCGGCGCUGGCCGUUGAUGAUCGACCCCCAGGGCCAGGCGAACAAGUGGGUGCGCAACAUGGAGGGCCCGAACAAGCUCCAGGUCCUGAAGCAGACGGGCGAGUACAUGCGGUCCAUGGAGUCCGCGAUCCAGUUCGGCUUCCCGGUGUUGCUCGAGGACGUCGGCGAGACGCUCGACGCGACGCUCGAGCCCCUCUUACUCAAGCAGAUCUUCAAGCAGGGCGGCGUCGACAGCAUCCGGCUCGGCGAUUCGACCAUCGAGUACAGCGAGCACUUCCGUUUCUAUAUCUGCACGAAGCUGCGGAACCCGCACUACGUGCCCGAGAUCUCCGUCAAGGUCACGCUGCUGAAUUUCAUGAUCACGCCCCAGGGCCUCCAGGACCAGCUGCUGGGCGUCGUCGUCGCCCAGGAGCGCAGCGACCUCGAGCAGAAGAAGAACGAGCUCGUGCUCGAGGGCGCGGAGAAUAAAAGGAAGCUCAAGGAGAUCGAGGACCAGAUCCUGGAGAUCCUGGCGGGCAAGGGCAACAUCUUGGAGAACGAGAGCGCCAUCGCGACGCUGAACCAGUCCAAGGUCACGUCCGACGACAUCAAGGGCAAGCAGGUCGUCGCGGAGAAGACGGAGACCGAGAUCGACGAGACGCGCAAGGGCUACACGUCCGUCGCGUACUCGACGCAGGUCCUGUUCUUCUGCAUCACCGAUUUGAACAACAUCGAGCCGACCUACUCCUAUUCUUUGGAGUGGUUCAUCAACCUCUUCAUCCGGUCCAUCCGCAACUCGGAGCCGUCGAACGACGUGCCGACGCGGCUCGACAACCUCAGCGGCCAUUUCACGUAUUCCCUCUACACGAACGUGUGCCGGUCGCUGCUCGAGAAGGACAAGCUGCUGUUUAGUUUCGUGCUGGCCAUCCGCAUCCUGGGCGGGCGGGGCGACGUCGACUCCGCGGAGUGGCUCUUUUUGCUCACGGGCGGCGUGUCGCUCGACAACCCGCACGCGAACCCCUGCGGCGACUGGCUCGCGCCGAAGCAGUGGAACGAGAUCUGCCUGUUGAGCGACAUCCCGGCCUUCGCGGGGCUCCGGGACAACUUCGAGCCGCUGAAGAAGCAGUGGAAGGCCGUCUACGACGGCAACGCGCCGCAGGACGCGGCGCUGCCGGGGCCCUGGGAGAAGCUCGAGGGCCUGAAGCGGCUCUGCGUGCUGCGCUGCAUCCGGCCGGACAAGGUCGUGUUGGGCAUCCAGAAGUUCGUCAUCUCGGUGAUGGGCGAGAAGUUCGUGCGGCCGCCGCCGUUCGACCUGCAGGCGUGCUACGACGAGUCCGUGUGCACGUCGCCGCUGGUCUUCGUGCUCUCGCCGGGGUCGGACCCCAUGGGCGCCGUGCUCCAGGCCGCGGAGACGCUGGAGCGGGCCGUGGCGCCCAUCUCGCUGGGCCAGGGCCAGGGGCCCGUCGCGGAGAAGUUGAUCGAGAAGGCCAAGACCGAGGGCUCGUGGGUCGUGCUCCAGAACUGCCACCUCGCCCAGUCCUUCAUGGGCCGCUUCGAGGAGCUCUGCGAGGCGCUGAGCCCGGACAACGCCCACGAGAACUUUCGGCUGUGGUGCACGACGUACCCGUCGCCCAUCUUCCCGACGUCCGUGCUCCAGAACGGCGUCAAGAUGGCCAUCGAGCCGCCCAAGGGCCUCAGGGCGAACCUCGUGGGGUCCUACAGCAACGCGCCGCUGAGCGGCGACGGCUACCUCGAGUCCUGCGGCAAGCCCGAGUCCUUCCGGAAGCUGUGCUACGCGCUCUGCAUGUUCCACGCGCUCCUCCAGGAGCGGCGGCUCUACGGUCCCCUGGGCUGGAACAUCCCCUACGGCUUCAACGAGUCGGAUCUGCUCAUCUCCAUGCAGCAGCUCUUCUCCUUCCUCGACGAGAACGACGAGGUGCCCUUCAAGGCGCUCAAGUACUGCAUCGGCGAGUGCAACUACGGCGGCCGCGUCACGGACGGCAAGGACCGGUCGACGCUCAACGCGAUUUUGGACCGCUUCUUCAACAACUACGUGCUCACGACGGGCUUCCCCCUGUCCGACUCGGGGGUCUACGUGGUGCCCGAGGCGACGACGCAGGAGGAGUUCGUCGCGCUCAUCGAAACGUUGCCGCUCGUCGCGGAGCCGGAGAUCUUCGGCUUCCACGAGAACGCGAACAUCACCAAGGACACGAAGGAGACGCAGUUCAUGUUCACGACCGUGCUGCUCACGGAGGGCGGCGGCUCCGGCGGCGGCGGCGGCGGCAACGACGCGAUGAUCUCGACGACCGCGCACGACAUCCUGGCGAAGCUGCCCGCGGCGUACGACAUGGAGGGCGCGCAGGUGCGCUACCCGGUGCAGUGGGAGCAGUCCAUGAACACGGUGCUCUGCCAGGAGCUCCGGCGGUUUAACAACUUGACGUCGGUGAUGAAGCGGAGCCUCGUGGACGUGGACAAGGCCGUCAAGGGCGUCGUGGUCAUGUCGGGGCCCUUGGAAAAGCUCGGCGAGUCGCUGGUCUACGGCACGAUCCCGGCCAUGUGGAAGGCCAAGUCCUACCCGUCCUUCAAGCCCCUCGCGGGCUACGUCCAGGACCUCCUCGCGCGGCUCGAGUUUUUGCGGCUGUGGCUCGACGACGAGCCGCCGCCGACGUACUGGAUCUCCGCGUUCUUCUUCCAGCACGCGUUCAUGACGGCGUCGAAGCAGAACUACUCGCGGGCCGAGACCAUCCCCAUCGACGCCAUCUCCCUCCAGUUCGAGAUGCUCCCGAACACGUCCUACGCGCGGCCGCCGAAGCUCGGCGUCUACGUCUACGGCUUCUUCUUCGAGGGCGCGCGCUGGGACAAGAAGGCGCACCGCAUCGCCGAGUCGGAGCCCAAGGUGCUCUACACCGCGGCGCCCCUCAUGCACUUCCUGCCCAAGCAGACGGUCCACAUCCAGCACCCGCCGUCCUACCUGUGCCCCGUGUACAAGACGUCGGACCGCCGCGGCAUCCUCGCGACGACGGGCCACUCGACGAACUUCAUCCUCGACAUCCUCGUGCCCUCGGACAUCCCCCAGGCGCACUGGAUCCAGCGCGGCGUCGCCAUGCUCUCCCAGCUCGACGACUAG